UCGAGAGUGGGCGGCAGUGUAUUGUUUUGUCUGUGACGGUGGUCUGCGAGAUACAUAAUUUGACAUCUGCAACUAAGAAAUAGUUAUAUAAAUUAUCGCCAAUUAUUUAUAUUGUCCAUAGAUUGUCAGGAAAUGUAGAACAAGAGGAGAAGAGAAGUAGCCAAUCGACGGGGAGGAUCCCCUCGCCGGGGCGCUGCUGUCGCCGCCGACUAUUUUUAGCUGUUGGCCGGUGGGAAGGUUAUAAUCAUGGCAGCUUCAACGCCAGAGCUAAUUUUAGCCUGGCUCAGAGCACAGUGGAGAGCAAUGGCUGAGCAGCUGGACGAUUUUAUUUGCAGCUUUGACCCUCCAGUUCCUGAGGGAAUGGAUGCCUUGACUGUUGUUGUGCUUGGUUGGGUAGUGUUCUGUGCUGUGCUUGCACUUUUAGUGCAUUUUUUCAAGAAUUAUAAAAGUGUUCAAAGUGCUGGUGCGGAAUCAGUGUCCUUGCAAGGAGGAAGUGAUUCUGAACUAAGAAAGAAUGUGUUGUUGCCUAACAAUGCCAGUGGAAAGGCAACAAGUGCUCCCAUUGUGCCAAAUUCUGGAAAAAGUGGUGGACUUGACUCAGUGGAUUCCAGCUUCAUAUCAAGAGUACAAUCAUCUAAGCCAUUCAAGGAGGCAGUUGCUAAUAGAAGGCGAUCACCUUCCCCAACAAGAGCGGUCAAGAUCCCGUACGUGUCAGGUGCGCCUGUGGCAAACGGUGAAAUUGAUGAUGAGGUGUUGUGGGUGAAUAAUGUGAUCAACUGGAUAUAUGGAAGAGCAGAAGUUAGGAACAGCAUCUCACAGGCAUGGCUUGCAGCACUCAACAGUCAUGCUAUGAAAAUGUCAAAAGAGGCGGGGAUCAAUCUGCACUUCGUCAACAUUCGGCCGGAGACGGAGCGGGCCGAGUUCUCAAACGUGGUGGUGGAGCACGGCCCUGACGAUACCAUGACGAUCACGGCGGACGCCUCGGCAUGUCCUCUGCUCACCACCCGCGUCACCUACGAGCAGGACGGCCGCACGCGCUCGGCCACCUACGCCACCACCGUGCAGAAGCUGCGCGGUCGAAUCAACGUGGCCGCUCUGACCCACCAGGCCAUGGCCAUCGGCAAGUUCGACGGAUGGCCAGAGGUUCAACUCCUCCUCGAGCCGACCAGUGACAGCGGUCGGAGCUCUGCCCUCGAGGAGCAGAUCCGACAGGAGGGCGCCAGGGAGGUGGUCACCGGGUGUCUGAGGGACGCCGUCGUCGAUCUCAACUUUGGCCAGGAGGCCGACUUUCCGCCGUUCGUCCGCACCGAAGAGCCUGAACGAGUCCGCAGUCUGUCCCGGGACCGGCCCGAAGCCAAUGGCGGCGAGCGGAUGACACGGCGACUUCUGGUCAAGGUUGUGAAAGCGGCCGGACUCGGUGCCAGCAAAGGCUGCAAGGAACCGUACUGCGAAAUUGAAAUGGACGAGCCGCCGCAAAAGUUCCAGACCGAGACGCGACUGGACACCGACCAUCCGUUCUGGGAUGAGGCAUUUGUGUUUGACCUGUCUCCCAACACGAGUGAGCUGCUGUUCGAGGUGUUCGACAAGCAGAAGGCGCGCGACACCAACUUCCUGGGCCUGGGUAUAGUGGGCAUCGAGGAGCUGCUGGUGAAUCCCAGUCAGCGCCAGAUUAUACCGCUGCUCUCCAGGCCCUACGAGCAGGACCCCGUCUCCGGAUCGCUCACCGUCGAGUUUCUGUUUGUGGACGAGCACGGUGCGCCGGUGGAGGAGGGUGGGCUGCCACACCGGUCACCCAUACCUCGGAGCGGCUCCUGCACUCGGGGGAGAUCCUGCAGACGACGCGUACCACCUACACGCGCCAGAGG